AUGGCAAAAAAAAAGUGCGCUCUCCGCCUUGUCUGCCUGGAAGCCAGUUAUGGGGGGCAUGACUUCACCACCACCUCGGACCAGCUGCCCCUCCAGCGAUCCAUGACUCUCCUGCCCUCGCCCCUCGCUCAGUCCACCUUGGGUGAGAAGUGCGCAUUCUACCUGGACCACGUUACAGACAGUCUCUCGUUCUUGCAGUCACUUCGCCCUCGACUGGACCCUGUUCUGACAUACUCGGCCACGUCUCUCCACUCCAUCGCGCGAGCGCUGCCAUUCGACGCCGACGAACAAACCACCACUGCCUGCGCGGCUGUUCUGAUCUGCAUAAUUACCGUUGCCGUGAUGAGUUGGACCAACCCCCUUUCGAACCUCUGGCGCCGCUCGCCCAGCUACGCAUCUGCCCCACAAGUUCGCGACGGCGACUUUAGUUAUAUCGGACCGGGCGAUAUUGUCGACCCGCCCUCCCAGGGCUACAGCGCCACCGCAGAUGAGAAUGAGCCUGAUAUCAUUUGUCUCCGACACCGCGGUACGAUCUACCCGCUCCACUUCCGCGCAUAUGCUAUCGAUGAUGGUGUCCUAUCCGUUGGCGCACUGCGCCAUGAGGCGGCCGCAAAGAUGGGUGUGAGCAAUCCCAACCAAGUCCGUCUGUUAUACAAGGGAAAUCUCCUCAAGGAUGAUUCCCGGGCAUGCAAAUCGGAAGGAUUGAAGCAGCACUCCGAGGUGCUGUGCGUGGUUUCUGAAGUUGGAGCCAACACACCUAGUGACGUCUCCGACUACGACGGCCGAACGAGUGACCCGACAAUCCAGCGCCCCGGGUCCUCUUCAUCGCGCCUGGACGGCGAAGUAGAGCCGACACGGACGACCAAGAAGAAAUCAAAGAAGAAGAACAACAACAACAACAAAAAGAAGAACAAUAGACCCGCAGGCGGAGAGGAUGCGUUGGGAUCAUCGACUUCCCUUGCCCCUCCGCAACCCGCGUCUGAUCGACCGUCUACCCCUAUGCAGCCCCCGAACCUGAAGCUCAUCAAGACCCCACUGGAGCAGAUUGCUGCCCUGGUUGGAUACCUUCAACAAGAACUGAUCCCACUUUGUGAUGGAUAUGUGGCCAACCCGCCCACCGAUCCUAAGAAGCGGGAAUUCGAGUACAGGAAGCUGAGCGAGACCAUUUUGGCGCAGAUCAUGCUGAAGGCAGACGGCAUCGAGCCUGAUGGCAAUGAGACCGUCCGUAACGCGCGCAAGGCACUCAUCAGGGAAGCGCAAGCGAAUCUCAACCGAUUGGACCAGGCCAACAGAUAA